GUUGUUGUCAUCGAUGGAGCCUGGCAGGCUUAGACCGUAGCGCAGGACAACAUGGCAGAUCACUAGGCUUACCUUUUUCUUCCUACUUAUCACUGCCAGUGUUGGCUCGUCCCAAACUCGUGGUAUCACACAACGUUACCGGUCUCUCCAUAUCUCACUACUUGACACUUAGAAAUGUUCCUCUUUUUCUAACUCUUCCUGGCUAGAUACCAACCUACUUCUCUCCCUCUCUGUGCAAAUGCUGAUCAUAAACUGAGAUAGUGGCACUUGAAGUAUCACAGUGAUCUGCUCAAAGAGAAGGCCUCCCUGGUUUGGAUUCGCUUGUGAAUGGGUUUUUCUUCUCCGCACAUCUGCAUGGAAUCAUCAGAUUACUGGCUUCAGGGCACAAUUCACGAGGAAUCUGGAUUGGAAUCAUCUUCACCAUCAGGAGACAUGCUUACAUGCUCCAGGCCCUUGAUAGAGAGGAGGCUACGACCACCACAAGACCAAGCCCUCAAGUGCCCUAGGUGUGAUUCCACACACACUAAGUUCUGCUACUACAACAAUUACAGCCUCUCUCAGCCAAGGUACUUCUGCAAGACUUGCAGAAGGUACUGGACCAAAGGUGGCACUCUCAGAAACAUCCCCGUUGGUGGUGGUUGCAGAAAGAACAAGAAAGUCUCAAGCAAGAAAUCCAAUAAUGACCCACCACAGCAUAAUCAAAACCAGCCAGUGCCUUCUGCAAGAAUAGCCACAUCUUAUCACCGCCAUGACAACCCUAAAGACCGUCUUCAACUUUCUUUUCCAGACGUGCAGUUUUCUCACAGCGGUAACUUACUAGGAAACCCUAAUUUCAUGCUUGAGAACCCUAGGCCUAUUGACUUCAUGGAAAGCAAGCUGGAAGGGAUAAUUGGGAGUACACCUGAGAACUUCCAUUUUCUGGGGAAUACUGAUAUGGGUAUGGGAAUUAGAGUUGGUGACAUUAAUGGUCAUCACAAUGGGUUACCGCCAAAUUUUCAGAGUCUUUGCUCUCCAUCGGGAUUUGGGGGUAUUUCACCUUUUGAUGGUAAUAACAAUAACAGUACUGGGACUUAUAAUAUCAUGGACUCUUCGUGCCAGAGACUGAUGCUGUCAUAUGAUCAUCCCAAUGAGGACCCAAAUGCCAUAAUUGAUGUGAAGCCAAACCCUAAGCUUUUGUCUCUUGAAUGGCAGGACCAGGGUUGCUCUGAUGCUGAAAAAGGGUCAUUUGCGUAUCUUAACAGUCUAGGAUCAUGGAUCGGCAUGAUUAAUGGCUAUGGUUCGUCCACGACAAACCCUCUAGUCUAGAUCUAAUUUCACUGCUUUUGAUGCAUGAACCUAUCACUUUCUCGUUAUAUCUAUAUAUAAAAUAUUCCUAAGCCUAUGAUAGGAAGGUUCCUAGUUCCUUCUAUGAAAGCGGUCUACAGUUUCUGCAUUGACUUGGCAAAAGAGUGUGAACAAGAAGCUUCAGGGUCCAAUAUCGACUGCCUGGUGGGUUUACUUUUGGUUUAUAUAUAUUCGUGUCCUUGUGUGUGUAACAUAUGUGAAAGCUUUAAUUAGGAUUUUGUUGUAACAUUGAGGAAGAUAUGGUGGUUCUUUUUUCGGUUAAAGAAAGCGCAAUCAAUAGUAGUGCCAUUAUCUUUUAAA